AUGCCGAUUCUAGUAUUUUCAGCCGAUCUCUACGACGUGAUCCAUAUUGCGCUGGAGAACGAAUUCGUUGCCGAACAGAAACGUCGUGACGCUGUUCAUGAUGGCGGCCACAGAUACACACCUGAUAGCGUGCAUAUCGUGGCGAACAUGAUGCAAUUCAAUGACCACAGCGUCAUCGAAGGUUUUCGUGGGGAAACCAUUCACCCACUGACGAAAACGGCGCAUUCGCUGCUAGAAUCCUCCUUUUGGAAGGAGCACCAAUUUGAGAAACGACGUAAUGUACUCUUACUUCGUGACUCAAAAUGUGACAGUCGCAUGGCUGAAGGAUUGGACGUCGACGAGACCAUACGUGUGGGAUUCCUCAAUAUCCACGUGGAAGAAACUCUGGACGACUAUCUCCAACUCUUUGACGUCGUAUUUACGAACGACUCGAGUCUCAUUCCAGUUGAGCACUUGCUGAAGCAGAUCAUCAACGGAUCGUGUAGACAGUAG